GUUUCUCGUAAAAUAAUGUUGCCGGUUCGGAUAAUUUCUAGAACUUUAAAGCCAACUUUAAACAGUAAUUUUGCAUUUAAUAUCAAGAGAAAUUUAAGUAUCACAGCAGUUCGCAGAAUGCCAUUUGCUAAACAUGAAAUCGUUCCUGAUGUCAUCCCGGUUGCUCCCAAAAACAUUGUAAAAGUGGAUUAUGCUUCCGGCGUCAGUCCCGCAUUAGGCAAUGUUUUGACUCCAACACAGGUCAAAGAUCAACCUAAAGUAGAAUGGGAUGCUGAUCCGAAUUCUUAUUACGCUCUUUGCAUGACUGAUCCAGAUGCGCCAUCCCGAAAAACUCAUGAAUAUCGCGAGUGGCAUCAUUGGUUGGUUGGCAACAUUCCUGGAAAGGCAAUUGAAAAAGGAGAAGUUUUGAGUGAAUAUGUUGGAUCGGGUCCACCCCCCGAUACAGGACUUCAUCGCUAUGUUUUCUUGGUUUAUAAACAACCAGGAAAGCUUACAUUUACUGAGCCUCGUUUAACUAAUCGCUCAGCAGAUAACCGAGGCUGCUUUAAAAUUCAGAAAUUUGCUGAAAUCUAUAAACUUGAACUUGUUGAAUUCAAUCAUCCUUUUCCUGAAUUUACUAUAAAAUAUAAAAUAUUUAACAUCAUGAGGAUUACAGUGACAACACUCGCUGAUUUGACAUUUACGUUGGAAGUUCCUGAAGAUCUCGAAUUGGAAAAUUUUAAAGCAUUCUGCGAGGUUGAGUCAGGUUUGCCAGCAAAUGAGAUUGUGAUUUUACAUAAUAAUCGACCGCUCACUGAUAACAAGAAAGGUCUGAACAGCUACGGACUGAAAGAUGGUGAUCUUGUUAGCUUGCAACACAUUUCAGCGGUAACUAAUAGGAGCACUCAAGAUCCCAGUAGUGGAGGAAGAACUCAGCCUUUCUCUGGAUUAGAUUUCUCAGGUAUUCAAGUGCCUCAAUCCGGUCCAUCAACUCCAAGUCGUGCACCACCUCUUUCUGUUGGCAUGAGAGAUGAUCCAGCAAUGAUUCGGGACAUGCUUCUUGCCAAUCCUGAUCAGUUAGCUCUUCUUCAACAGAACAAUCCAGCAUUAGCUGAUGCUGUGCUUUCUGGUUCAUUAGAUAAUUUCGCAACAGUACUUCGUCGUCAAUUUGCUGAGAAGCAACAGGCAGAGCAACAAAAAAUGAAACUCAUGUCAGCAAGUCCUUUUGAUUCAGAAGCUCAGCGUUUGAUUGCUGAAGAAAUUCGUAAGAAAAAUAUUGAGGCCAAUAUGGAAGCUGCAAUUGAAUAUAAUCCAGAGACUUUCGGGACUGUUAUCAUGUUAUACAUAAACUGUAAGGUCAACGGCCAUCCAGUGAAAGCUUUCAUUGACAGUGGCGCUCAAGCUACAAUUAUGAGUUCAGCAGCUGCUGAAAGAUGCAAUAUAAUGCGGUUAGUUGAUACACGAUGGGCUGGAAUAGCAAAAGGUGUUGGUGUUCAAAGAAUCAUUGGCAGAAUUCAUAUGGUUCAGAUUCAGAUUGAAAACGAUUAUCUCACUUCAAGCUUCUCAGUUUUGGAGCAGCAACCAAUGGAUAUGUUGCUUGGACUCGACAUGCUUAAACGUCAUCAAUGCUCAAUUGACCUGAAGAACAAUAUGUUGUUGAUUGGAACGACUGGAAGCACAACACCAUUUCUCACAGAAGCUGAGCUUCCUGAUUGUGCCCGAUUAACUGGAAGUCCCGAGGAAGAGAAACGAGCUUUAGAAGAGUCUGCCAAAUUAACAGAAGAAUUAGAGAUAAAAGCCGCUCUCGAGAAAAGUGCUAAAGAGUCAGGUGCGACACCAAGUGGUCCGUCUCCAUCAACAUCAACAAUCACAUCAAAUCCUACGACUGACAAUAAAAAUCGAGUCUUACCAAGUGAUAAGUUCACCGAAAGUGACGUAACGGAACUCAUGAAGAAUGGCUUCACACGACCGAAUGUGAUUGAAGAACUGAGAAAAUUUAACGGAGAUAAGACUCAAGCAUUGGCUGCACUUUUUGCAAAAUCAAUUGUUUUUUAAAUAGAAUUAAUUAGUAAGCGAAUUUUUCAAACAUUUCUUUUAUUAAUUAUAAAUGAUUUUAUUAUAAAUUUCUUUUUUGAUGAGUGCACAAAACAAUGGUUAUGAAUAAAGUGGCGUACUUUGGCAAUACCUUCAUAGAAAUCAAAUUUGGCGAUCAAUUUCUAAUCACUGAUUGAACUUAAAAUUCAAAUUCUUCAAAGUUUUCCUUAUUUUGUUGCAGGUUUUCAAUAAUAUUGAGAAUGCAAUCAAGAACACGUUUUGUACUUUUCUUUCUUUUUAUGAUCGUCAACUUUUAUCCACUUUAAUUUUAUUUCGUAAUUUCUAACGACUAGAAGAUCUAUUUUUAUGUAAAUAAGUAAAAGUUUUUGUUGCACAUAUCGAAAAGGAUAAUAAAUAUUUUGAAUUUUUAAAUGAUUAAAGUCAUUUUUACUUACUGAC